AGAAAAAGGCCAACAUGAUUUCCUUCACCGAGUCAAUCUUAAUGGUCACAGUGUCCAAAACGCCGAGCGAGCGAGGGAGAACAAGGAGAAUGGACGCUCUAGCCGCGCUCGGGAGAAGCCCCUGCGCUCUGCCCAAAGCCCCUCUUUCUCCGACCCAUGGCGCCGCCACCUCCUUCACCGGCGGGACACGAAGCCUCGCCCUCCCCUCUCACCGCCACCUCGCCGCGCUCCCGCCGUCGCCGUUCCUCUCCCUCUCUUCUGCCCCUGCCCGUGCCAAAUCGCGCGCCCGGAGGACCAGAACCCGUAUUUUUCUUCCCCACCUCGUGGCCGCCAUGGAAGAGGUUGAGGAGACUUAUGUCAUGGUAAAACCCGACGGCGUUCAACGUGGACUGGUCGGAGAAAUUAUUUCUCGGUUUGAGAAGAAGGGAUUUUUGCUGAAAGGCUUGAAGCUUUUCCAAUGCUCCAAGGAGUUAGCUGAGGAGCAUUACAAGGAUCUCAAGGGCAAGACUUUCUUUCCUAAGCUGAUAGACUACAUCACUUCUGGCCCCGUUGUUUGUAUGGCUUGGGAGGGUGUUGGUGUUGUUGCAUCUGCUCGUAAGCUUAUAGGAGCAACAAAUCCUCUUCAAGCUGAACCGGGCACCAUACGAGGUGAUCUGUCAGUUCAAAUGGGAAGGAAUGUUGUUCAUGGAAGUGAUAGCCCUGAGAAUGGCAAGCGUGAAAUUGCCCUAUGGUUCAAAGAAGGUGAAAUAUGUUCAUGGGUACCAGUUCAAGCACCUUGGCUCAGAGAGUAACUUUGUAUCCUUUGCUUCAAGAAGCAAUUUGUGGGGCUAGGUAGCUUCAUUCUUUAGAAUCAUUUCUCCAAGGUCAGUUUAUUUCUUUCAGACAUUGUUUCCUGCAAUUCCAUCCUGCGGAUUGUAUGAACGCGAGCUAUAACCACCUCAAGGAGAGCACGAGAUAAUAAAUCUUUCAAUUCCAUGCUUCUUCUUCAUCAGCCGUGUCAUUGCAUUAGCUCAAGCAAGACGUCAAGGUAAUUGAAACCAUGAUUUUCCCCUUGGAGACAACUUGGUCUCGUCUUCAUGCUGUGAUGACACUGCUGCAUGCUUGAAUUAUUCCUCUGUAUUUUGAAGUUAUGACAUUCCUCAGCGAUUCAACUUAAACUUUCUUCUUUGCACCA